AUGUUCUCUCUAGCCCGUCAAUUCUCCGGAGUCCGCUCCAAGCCUCUAGCCUUCAGCCAGGAAUUCACCCGAUCGACCCAGGUACCCCACCGCCUGUACUCGAACCCUCCGAGAUCUUCGCCGCCACGCGCACCCUCCGCCCCUCAAUCCAGCCGCUCCAAUUUCCCAAUCAUCCCCAUCAUCCUCAUAACCGUCAUCAGCUCCGGCGCCUACGUCUACCUCGUCAAGUCCCGCACCGGCGUCCCUACCUCACGCCAAAACUAG